CAUUAACAUCUGGCGGGUGCCCUCAAAUGUGCCGCAGCGAGUCACUUGAUUACACGUAUGUUAUUUAGUUAAUUUGUGAAAAUUAUGAGAUGCUCACCAACCCGGUGAUAAACUCGCUCCCUCGCCAUUGGCUGGCCUGGUCACAUGGCCGCCCAACUUUAUUCAGUUGACAGCAAGUAGGAGGGCCCUAUGGAAGGAGAAAAAAAGACAACACGAGAAAAAUUAGUAUUUUCUACCUUCUGAAAUUAAUGGCCAUGAGUUCGUAUAUGGUGAACUCCAAGUACGUGGACCCUAAGUUCCCUCCGUGCGAGGAGUAUCUGCAGGGCGGCUACCUAGGCGAGCAGGGCGCCGAUUACUACGCCGGCGGCGCGCAGGGCGCCGACUUCCAGCCCCCAGGGCUCUACCCGCGGCCCGACUUCGGUGAGCAGCCCUUCGGAGGCGGCCCGGGGCCGGGCUCGGCACUGCCGGCGCGGGGUCACGGGCAAGAGCCGGGCGGCCACUACGGCGCCCCGGGAGAGCCGUGCCCUGCGCCCCCCGCGCCCCCGCCGGCGCCAGGAGCCCGGGCCUGCAGCCAGCCCGGCGGCCCCAAGCAGCCACCUCCCGGGACGGCGCUCAAACAGCCGGCCGUGGUCUACCCCUGGAUGAAGAAGGUGCACGUGAAUUCGGUGAACCCCAACUACACCGGUGGGGAGCCCAAGCGGUCCCGGACGGCCUAUACCCGGCAGCAAGUUCUAGAACUGGAAAAGGAAUUCCAUUUUAACAGGUAUCUGACGCGGCGCCGUCGGAUCGAAAUCGCACACACCCUCUGUCUAUCCGAGCGCCAGAUCAAGAUCUGGUUCCAGAACAGGAGGAUGAAGUGGAAAAAAGACCACAAGUUGCCCAAUACGAAAGGCAGGUCCUCCUCCUCAUCGUCCUCUUCAUCGUCCUCCUGCUCCUCCUCAGCUGCCCCAGGCCAGCAUUUGCAGCCACUGGCCAAAGACCACCACACGGACCUGACGACCUUAUAGGAGUGGGACCUUGGGCCCAUCCUUCCCUCUGCUCCCGGCCGAGCCGAAGCUACUAGGGCAGCUGGGCCUGCUGUCACCUCGCAGGGCUCUAAGGUACUGUGGGGGUGGACCUGGGACAAGCAGGCCGCCCUCGGUCUAGGUUAGCAUCUUGCCCGAGGGCAGGCCCCUCCCUGGAUUGGGGAUGGCAUGGGAAGGGUUGGGAUUGUCUAUAUUAUUCUAUGGCAGGAGCUACUGAGAACAUAAAACCUUGGUGAGUCAUUAAACUCAUGAAAA